UGAGCGGCGCCAUUACGUUGUCUCGACCAGCUAACGUUAGUUGGCUAGCUAACUAUGAUCAAAUAAUUCCGUGAGGUUUAAUUAGAUAGCGGAAUACAAUUGAAAAACAGCAUAUUUUCUUAGCUGUACAGAAAUUACUUUUGCUUAAAUGCGCUAAAGGGAAUAUUGGCAACGUCCACUGUGCUUAGCCAUUGCUCUUGUUCAGCUGUCUUGGUCCUUACCAUAUCUUGUGGUUGAAACAGCGAGCUAGCUACCUAAUUCAGAAGAGAAAGGCUAGUUGGAAUAGUAGGCUUUCCUUAGCAAUUGCAACAUGUCAGAAGAGCAGCAGCUCGAAGAUCCAGUGAUGAAGAUGGAGGAAGAUGGGGAAACUAUUAGCGAAGAACAAACAGUGACCGUCGAAGGUGGGUCGGGAGAAUCGGAGGGAUCAAAGAUUGAUGCAAGCAAAAACGAAGAGGAUGAAGGAAAAAUGUUUGUUGGAGGGCUGAGCUGGGAUACAACGAAGAAGGACUUGAAAGACUAUUUCUCCAAGUUCGGGGAGGUAGUAGAUUGCACACUGAAACUGGAUCCCAUGACAGGAAGGUCCAGAGGCUUUGGCUUUGUGUUGUUCAAAGAAGCUGACGGUGUUGACAAGGUUAUGUUACAAAAGGAGCACAAGCUGAACGGCAAAGUCAUCGACCCUAAAAAGGCCAAGGCCAUGAAAACUAAAGAGCCGGUGAAGAAGAUCUUCGUAGGAGGCCUUUCCCCAGACACCCCUGAAGAGAAAAUACGAGAAUACUUUGGCGGUUUUGGAGAGGUGGAGUCCAUAGAGCUGCCCAUGGAAAACAAGACAAACAAACGACGGGGCUUCUGCUUCAUCACCUUCAAAGACGAAGAGCCUGUAAAGAAGAUCAUGGAGAAGAAGUACCACAACAUUGGACUGAGUAAGUGUGAAAUCAAGGUGGCCAUGUCCAAGGAGCAGUAUCAGCAGCAGCAGUGGGGCGGCCGAGGUGGUUAUUCCUCCAGGUCUCGAGGCAGAGGCGGUCCUAAUCAAAAUUGGAACCAGGGAUACGGAAAUUACUGGAACCAAGGUUAUGGUAAUUAUGGUAACUAUGGCUACAACAACCAAGGCUAUGGAGGAUACGGCGGCUACGAUUACUCCGGCUAUAACAACUACUACGGAUAUGGUGACUACAGCAAUCAGCAGAGUGGUUAUGGCAAAUCCCCAAGGCGAGGUGGUCACCAAAACAGUUACAAGCCAUACUAAUAUAUUAUCCCCACUAAGUACAAGCAGGUACGUUAUUACAUUGCUACCACAAACCUUCCUUGAUAUAAAGUAUAUUUUUCAUAACUAUAUUUACCUCUCUUUUCUUUAAUGUACGUUGCUUAAUUUUUUUUUUCUUUAAAGUUUUUUACAGCACCCUGGAGUGCUUUACAGUAAUGGUAACAUAGAGACUACAGCCUUUUUUUUGGCGAUUUGUAACAACUGGCUUUCGGCUCUUUUGUGCCGUUUUUGUAACUGUAACGUUAACAGGUAAAGUACUGCUAAAUGGGUGCCGAAAUUAAGGAUUUGCAAGGAAAAAGAAGAAUGUUGUCUCCUAACUCUGACAUAUACCUUGUUUGUACCUGCCAGCGGGAACUUCCUUGCAGGCCAUGAGUCGCGCUGGCUUCCCGAUUCUCUCAGGCCCGCUCAAUGCGGACAGGGUACGAGAGGCGUACGCUCUCGAAUGCUGCCAUUUGGUAUGGUCUUCCAACAUCCUGUAUCAGCAUUGUAAAAAAAACAAAAAAAAACACAAAAAAAAAACAAACAGAAAAAAGAAAUAAUAAAGUGGAUACAUCCAGCUUUGUCUUCUUUCUUUUAAAGUUUUUCCCUUUUUUUGGUAUGUUUUUUAUUUAAAGGAAUAUAUUAAUGUAAUUUUAAUGCUAUUUUUUACAGGCCCCCUUCACAUGUAAUGGUUAAAUACGACUUCAUACUGAAAAAAAUAACUGUUUAUUUUUCAAAGGAUACGGCUUUCUCUGGACUUUCCAGUCUCUUUAAUAUAUGCAUUCCUAAUCUAUCUGUAAUGCUUGCUUUUCUUUAUUUAUAGCCCUUGUAGCAGUAAUACCCAGUAGUCCAUGAGCUAAAACCUGGUUUGUACUUGGAUGCCACUGUGUUGGAGAAGUGCUUUUUAUCUAUAUUUGUACUGUGUGUUGUGUCGCUGACAGCGGUGGACUUCUCUUGUAAACAUUGUUAAUUUCCUCUAACGAGUUCUCUUUUUUUUUAACCUUUUUGGACAAACUUGAAAAGUAUUAAGUGUUUUUUCACGAAAAUUUGCAUGUAAUGCUUAUAUUAAUGUGUAUUUUUGUAACUAUUUUUGAAGGUGUCAUUCAAAUGGUAUUUGGGCUUCUUUUGACUUCAAUUUGCUGCACUUCAGGAUUUCUAGCUUAUGGACUAACUUUGUGUUUAUUUGUAUUUAUGUUAAUUGUAAAUUGUAGAAAUUGUAUAUUGAUUUAAUUUUUUGUCUUCGUAAUGGGAUUUGGAAAGACAUGGGAUUCCGUUUACAUAUAUGUGUGUGUGUAUGUUGUGUCUUUACUUGUGGCUGUGACAGAGCAGGUGAAUGAUGUUGCGUUUUGUUUUCUCUUUCAGGCGGCGAGGCAGGAUUGCUGGUCCGAUAGAUCAGAAGGAGAUGCUUUUACCGUAAAUGCAAGCCGCGGUCGUUCGGUCAAGAUGCUUGUUUAUGUAAGGAUGGAUACUCACUGUACUUCUUUUACAAUCCCCUCUGGAAUUACAGUUCUGUUAACCUUUAGUUCAGUGUCCUGUGGUGCCUCUCAAAGCUCUCACUAUUUCAUGAUUAGCUUGCUUUUUGUCCACCUCCUUCGUGAAUAGUCUUGUGUUCAGGUACUUUGUGUGCAGCUUAUUUGGAAAAAUUUAGCUCUAGAUGUUGUGUUCAAUCCCUUUAUCCCAUUUUUUGUACAAAGGUCACUGACUUAAUUGUAAAUUGUUUUCAGGACAGCGGUAGAUGAAGACAUUUAUGAAGACCUUGUUAUUUGUUUUUAAGUUUGAGAAUUCUAGCAGUGAUCAUUUCUUUGUAGCACCUAAUAAUUAGUAACAAACGGUGGAACAUCCACGUUCCAUUUACUGGACACUAAUUAAGGGGGCACGGAUGGAAAGUGGAUGUUCCAAAGUUUGUGAAGACCUUGUGAUUUGUUUAUAAAGUUGAAAAUGCCAGCAGUGUUCACUUAUUUUAGCACACAAUUCAAAGUUGGUGGAACAUUCACUUUCAAUUUGUGUCCUUUAAUUGCUUUGGCACACACAUCCUUAUAAAUAGUGUACGUAAAUAUUAUACGUCUAUAUAAAUUUCAUUUACAGCUUAAUUUUUCAUGGUUAUACAAGUCUGGAAUAGAAUGACAGCUUUUGGAGAAAAAAAAAAAAAAAAUCAAGAAUGCAUUGAACUAAUAAACUAUUCUAUGACCAUA